GUGGCAGCGCCGGCCGCGACCGCGCCAAGCAGCGCCAAGCAGGCAGGAUGGACCAAAAUGGCGACGCCCUGCCGACGCUGCUGCCGGGCGACAUCUUGCUGGGCACGACGCGCUUCACCGAGUCGCGAGUCUUCAGCUGGCUGGACUACACCGUGUUCGGCGCCAUGCUUCUCGCCUCCUCCGUCAUCGGCGUCUACUUCGCCUUCUUCUCGAGCCGCAAGCAGGACACCACGUCCGAGUACCUGAUGGGCGGCAAGACGAUGGGCGUGCUGCCCGUGUCCAUGUCCCUCAUCGCCAGCUACAUCUCGGGCAUCUCGCUGCUGGGCCUGCCCGCCGAGAUGUACACCUACGGCACGCAGUACUACAUCAUCGUGCUGGCUGAGGCGCUGGUCAGCUUCACCAUGGCCACCGUCUACCUGCCCGUCUUCUUCAAGCUGCAGAUCACGUCGUCCUACGAGUAUCUGAACCUGCGCUUCAACAAGACGGUGCAGCUGCUGGGGUCGUGCCUCUUCCUCGUUAAAAUGAUGCUGUACAUGCCCAUCGUGAUCUACGUGCCGGCGCUCGCGUUCAGUCAAGUGACAGGAAUCGAUCUGCAUGUCAUCACCCCGAUCGUGUGCCUCGUCUGCAUUUUUUACACGACGCUGGGAGGCCUCCGCGCAGUGGUGUGGACGGACACGCUGCAGACGGCACUCAUGGUGCUCGGCGUGCUGGCCGUGCUCAUCCUGGGCACGGUGAGCGUCGGCGGCGUGGGGGUCGUGUUCAGGAGGGCGGCCGCCACCGACCGCCUCGAGCUCUUCAACAUGGACCCGGACCCCACGGCGCGGCACACGUUCUGGACCGUGGUGAUCGGCAACUACUUCAACUGGCUGGCGUCCUGCGCCGUGAACCAGGCCAUGGUGCAGCGCUGCCUCGCCAUGCCCACGCUCAGGCGUGCCAACCUGACGGUGGUCAUCAUGGUGGUGGGCACCUCCCUGCUGGUGUCCAUGUGCUGCUACACGGGCCUGCUCAUCUACGCGACGUUCCACGACUGCGACCCGGUCUCGGCGCGCGUCAUCAACAAGUCCGACCAGCUGCUGCCCUUCUACGUCAUGGAGCUGGCCGGCAAGGUGCCGGGGCUGCCCGGCGUCUUCAUGUCGGGGGUCUUCAGCGCCGCGCUCAGCACCAUGUCCACCUCGCUCAACUCCAUGACGGGCGUCAUCUGGGAGGACCUGGUGCGCCCCCACCUGAAGAAACCCGUGUCGGAGCAGCGCGCCUCGCAGAUCCUCAAGCUGCUGGUGGUGCUGAUCGGCGGCGUGUGCGUGGGCCUCGUGUUCCUGGUGGAGCGCAUGGGCGUCACCCUCGUGCAGGGGAGCAAGAUGCUGUCCGGCAUCACCGCGGGGACGCUGCUGGGUGUGUUCUCGCUGGGGAUGUUCUUCCCCUGGGCCACCCCCAAGGGCGCGCUGGCGGGCGGGCUGGCCAGCUUCGCGCUGGUGGCCUGGAUCUCCGCGGGCACGCAGACCGCCAUGGCGCGCGGCGACCUGCGCUUCCCCGGCAAGCCCGUGUCACUGCAGGGCUGCUCCGCGGGGGUCUUCUCCGUCAACAAGACGAACCUGCUGCCGCCCGGGCCGCCGACUCACGCGGUGUUCCCGCUGUUCCGACUGUCGUACCUGUGGUACACUGCGCUGGGCGCCAUCACCGUCAUGGCCGUGGGCAUGCUGGUGUCCUACCUGACGGGCUUCAACGACCCGCGGAAGAUGGACCGCGACCUCCUGGCGCCCGUCAUCUGGCGCCUGCUGCCGCAGCAGGACAAGCAGGACCAGCAGGACGUCCAGGACAAGAAGGACGCCAAGGACAAACAGGACCAGCAGGACGUCCAGGACAAGAAGGAUCCCCAGGACAAGAAGGAUGUUCAGGACAAGCAGGACGUCGACGUCGUGGAGGACGACGUGAAGAAGUCGCGGAACGGCGCGGGCGCCACCAAGGAGACGCACUUCUAGUCCGGCGCCUUCUCGCCUGGCGGGCAGGCAACCCAUCUGGCGGCGCGGGGCGCGGGGCCGCCAAGAGAAUCUCUAGUCAAGGCCCAGGGGGCGAAGGCGAAGGCGAAGCAGACGAAGCGGCGAGCUAUCUCCCUCCCAUCUGUGCGGCGCGCGCGCUUCCGAAAAGCCACGGUCAACUUUGCAGUAAAACAACAAAAGCAGCGAGGAUGGCGGUGGAUGUAGAGCGCGACACGGACAAUAAAUCGAGUCGCACUCA